UUUCGCCAUGGACUCUUAUUUUGAAACUGACCGGAUAUUGUCACGACUGUUGAGGAUGAGUUUAGUUUGUAGUGUAGAGGCGUAACAAAAACGGUUCUUUGAGUGAGUUUAUAAAACUAUUAUCAACGCGGCUGUCGGUCUGAGCUGACCUUUAUCUGUCAGCCAAAGUAUGGCAGACCCGGCCCGUGUUAAAACUGAAGCGGGGUUCGGCGAGGCGAGCACGCCCGCGGAGAGACCCAAGCAGGGUGAGGGGUCCGGUGACGGUCCGGUGAGCGGCAGUACCGCCUCUGAACCCGCUGCAGGCCAGACCAGUAUGAAAGAGGAGGGAAAAGCGAGGUCUGAAGACGCUGCUGCUGGUGAAGAAGAGGAAGAGGGUUCUUCAUCUCUUCACCCCCCUCCUGCUAAAAAACUUAAAGUGGAGCAUGACAAGAAAAAGGAGAAACGGCAAAAAGUUGAUGAAGAUGAAAUACAAAAGAUGCAGGUUUUAGUAUCGUCAUUCUCUGAAGAACAGCUGAACCGCUAUGAGAUGUACAGACGCUCUGCUUUCCCAAAGGCAGCUAUUAAAAGACUAAUUCAGUCCAUCACAGGAUCAUCUGUCUCUCAAAAUGUGGUCAUCGCCAUGUCUGGAAUUGCGAAGGUGUUUGCUGGGGAGAUUGUUGAGGAAGCUCUUGACGUGUGUGAGAAGUGGGGAGACACACCACCUCUGCAGCCCAAACACAUGAGAGAAGCUGUCAGGAGAUUGAAGAGCCGAGAGCAAAUUCCCAACACCAAACACAAACACAUCCUCUUCCACUGAGCUUGAGUCCCUCUUCAGAGAAAAAGUCUUUUUGGAUAAGCAGAGGGAAAAUGGACAUGACCAUAUGUCUUUUUCCAGAUAUUGGAAGGCACUGUUGUUUUGUUCAUGAGGUCUACAGUAGAGGUUGUAGUAAUACUUCUUCUUUCUUUAUCCACAGUCUGUCCUAUGGAACAAGCAGCUGAAUUACAAAAACAAUAACAACAAUAAAUUCAUGUUAAUGAAGAAUUUUGGGACAGUAAAUAUUGAACAGUUCCUUGCUAUGACUCAAGUCUCUACAUCACAGAAAUGUUUGUGCACUCUAAUUUUUUUUAAAAAUAUUUUGUAAUGUUUUUUGUUUUGAAAAUUUAGUAAAUAUGUGCAGUCAUUUUAUGUGUGUGGAAAUGUUAAAAAUGUUAUCUUUUGACUUGAAUGGAAAAUUAAAUAUUUUGACGUAA